AUGCACUUCAAGGCCACCUGGGCACGGAGGUUCGACCCGUCAGACACCGUCCGCCGCGACUUCCGCCGCUUCGACGGCACGUCCGUGCUGGUGCCGUUCCUCUCCGACCCCGGGAUGCAGUACGCCACCAGCUUCGACGACCUCGGCUUCAAGGUCCUCCAGUGCUUCUACAAGAUGGCGGGGCGCGACGGCAAGCUCGACCCAAAGGCGCCGCUCUUCUCCAUGCUCGUAUUCCUCCCGCACCGGCGCGACGGGCUCCGCGACCUCCUGCGGCUGGCGGUCACCGAGCCGGACUUCGUCAUGCGCUGCGCUCCCCGGCGCGAGCAGGUGGUCAGCCCCUGCCUCCUCCCCAAGUUCAAGUUCUCCUUCCGGUUCGACGCCACGGACGCGCUGCGCGGCCUCGGGCUCGCCGCGCCGUUCGACCCGCUGGCCGCCGACCUGUCGGGGGCGGUGUCGAACAUGCGCCCGGAAGGGCUCUACGUGUCGGCCAUCGAGCAGAUGUGCGCCGUCGAGGUGGACGAGGAAGGCACGACGGCGGUAGCAGCGUUCUACACGCAUACGAGCCCGACCUAUAGCCUGUGUGAGCGGCCGCCGCCGCCGCCAAUGAGCUUCGUGGCGGACCACCCAUUCCUGUUCGCCAUCGUCGAGUAUGGCAAGGGCGAGGUGUUGUUCCUCGGCCACGUCGUGGACCCUUCCAGUUGA